AUGAAGCUAGAAAAGCAGGACAGUGGAGUUGUAGCUCCCUUGCUCCCUGAAUUCCAUUUGGCUGUGGACAAGCAAUCGGAGAAUAAGGGGGCAUCGAUCUCUGGCGCCAUAUUCAACAUCUCAACAGGGAUGGUGGGUGCAGGGAUCAUGUCAAUCCCGGCCACUUUCAAGGUCCUUGGCGUAUUUCCCAGCUUUCUUGUUAUUUUGGUUAUUGCUUAUUUUGUGGAGGUCACGGUGGAGUUUUUGCUUAAUUACACUUGCUCGGGGGAAUCUGAUACGUACGGAGGGCUGAUGGAGGAGUCGUUCGGGAAGUUUGGGUCCGUCGGGCUUCAAGUCUGUGUUGUGAUUACAAACCUUGGGGCGUUGAUCAUUUAUCUGAUUAUAAUUGGUGAGUUGACUUCGAGUGGGUGUGGAUUUGGGUUGAUGGUUGAGAGUGUGCUGAUGCUGAGAUGUUCUCUCGGGAAACGAGUCUGGAGGAACAGUACACUUGGGCAUUCUACAGGAAUGGUUCGGUAUCCACUGGUGGAACUCACGUGCAUUCUCACUGCUUUUCAUUGUGCUCCUGAUUUUACUUCCGUUGCUACUUCUUCGGCGCAUGGCUUGUCACCUGCAGACUCACUGAGGCAUGCCUCAGCUAUAUCGGUGUUUCUAGCUGCGUUUUUUGUUGCCAUAUGCUCUGCAAUGGCAAUACAUGCAAUGUGGGCAGGGAAGACACAGAGACCAAGAUUAGUUCCGGACUUUACAAAUGGCGUCUCUGCAUUUGAUCUCUUUACCACAAUUCCUAUUUUUGCUACUGCCUUUGGAUGCCAUGUCAAUGUUCAUCCCAUUAGAUCAGAGCUUGACAGAGCCGCUGAUAUGAUGCCGGCCGUCCGAAUUUCUAUCGUGUUAUGUGUCGCAAUAUAUUUUGCUGUGGGCUUCUUUGGAUACCUCCUUUUUGGGGACUCAAUCAUGGCUGAUAUGCUGGUCAACUUUGACAAAACUUCAGAUUCUGUUGUUGGUAUUAUUGUGAAUGAUACAGUGAGAUUGAGUUAUGCCAUUCACCUCAUGCUGGUGUUCCCCGUGAUGAAUUACUCGUUGAGGGCGAAUGUUGCUGAAUUAUUAUUUCCCAAGACGCCCUUGUUGGCUCGGGAAAAUAACGUCCGUUUUUUGUCUCUCACCUGUAUUUUGCUUGCAUUUAUCUACGUGGCAGCCAUAGCCAUCCCAGACAUAUGGAUCUUCUUUCAGUUUAUGGGGACAACCACGGUCAUGUGUCUCAUGUUCAUAUUUCCCAGCUCUAUUGUGCUCAGGGAUGUCCACUGCAUGUCAAGUAGGCGGGAUAAGGUGUUUGCGGUGCUGGUGAUCUUUCUAGCAGUUGGGACAAGCCUCAUUGCAGUGUUCUCAAAUUUCUCCAACUUUCUUGUCAACAAAUGACGUCCCAAAACAUCGUUUGAUUUUCAAAAUUUAUGGCCAUUUGUCCUCCCGUGUCUUGAUUAACUAGUGCAUAUCUCGUGCAAUACGCAAUAAAAUAGUAUUAAAGUUAAAUGUUGGACUAAAUAUAUUGAAGUUAUUUUUUUAAAGUUAAAUGUCGAUCAUAUUAAGUUAUUUUUAUAAAUUAAAUGUUAAACUAAACGAAUAUAUUAAUCAUCACCAUCAUCCGAUUUGAGGUGAGGAUUUUACACUAUGGUUUAUUCAUUAUAAUCAUGUGGUAAUAUAGUUUUGGUAUGAAAUGUGAGCAUUGGCCUAGUGGGCAGAGUUAUCAGUUUUAUCGGUUGAUGUCGGAGGCCCUAGCGGAAUCGGUUGAUGCCGGGCAUACUAGCGAUAUCGAUUGAUGCUGGGUAUACUAAUGGGGCCGGUUGAUGCCAGGUAGCCCUUCGCAGUAAC